AACAGUUUCUAAAUCGCUCGAACAAUGAAAACAGUGCUUUUAUGGUUAAUUUCUGUCCUACUAAAUCAGAAUUAUGUUUCCAGUUUAGUUACGGACUAUAAUGUCAUGAUUUGGAAUUCACAAGGAUAUCGGCUUCAGCAAGUUUUGGACUUUUUUUUGAGCAACCCGUCCUUGAAUUUGGCUUUAGUUCAAGAAAGUGGAAAUGUUGCUAGCGAAAACCCAGGCCAGCUCAUCCAUCAAAAUUUAGAGUUCAUCGUAGCUGAUGCUGAAAAUGAAUUUGAAUGUGUCAAUGCUGGUUAUUAUGAAGUCCGCGAGUAUGUUGAUCAAGGAAUGCGGUUGUAUAUAUACUUUUUCCCAGCACCUUCAAACGUUCGGCAAGCACUUGGAUUGACGAUUGUGAGCAGGCACCAGGCGACAGGGAUAUUGUACUUCGUAUCUCAGCAUACUCGUCGAGCCAUAUGUGACUCCCGCGACCGUGCAUUUAUCAAUCGUCCCGUUGUGGGAUUGGUCCUUGGCACUGAUAACAUUUUCCUUAACAUCCAUGCUGAGCCCACUCGAAGAAGGAACGAAGUACUUACUCAACUGCGUGCCAUUAGAUCCCAUAUGAGUAUCCACAGACCCCAUGCUUCCUGGAUGCUAGCCGGGGAUUUCAACCGCUUGCCUCAAGACGUACAACCUAGUUUGGUUCAAAACCAAGAACGAUUGGUUCAGCCUCCUCAGAGCACUCACGGUAACGAUGUUCUAGAUUACUAUAUAUACGGCUCUGCAGAUCAGAAUGUUUUCGCGCAAAUGGACAACCCCUCCAAUCAAGCAACUGUAAAUCCCACUCUGACGGGCUCGGAUCAUCAUGCCGUAUAUUUUUCCAACUACAUUACUUCAAUUCAAUACGAUCGAGGUAACCUGCAACAAAUUUUAGACCAAGCCUGUACCGUACGAAGAAGCAAAUACAACGAUUGGACGAAUUUGUAUGAUGAGAUUUACGACGAUAAAGAUAGGAUACCCAGCUCUGGUUUUAUGCAGUUUCAGGAUGGAUCCUACAUGCAGCCAGUCGUCGUUGAACGUGAUUCUGAUAUUAAAAAAAGCGCCAAUUGGUAUCCGCUUGAUUUGUCUUUGUUAAUUGGCCUAGAGGCCGCCUACUCCUACAGUGUUAGACAUAAAAGAGCUAUUGGUGUGUCUUCUGCAACGCAUCACGGCUUGAUUUUUAUGAACUCUAAAGGUUCUCCGACAAUGACGGUAUUUUUGAGAAAAGGUAAAUUGCUAUGUAUGACCUGGACCCAUGAGGGAUGGAGCAGUCCAACCGAUUGUCAUCGACAUAUUACCCCUGCACAGUUGUCAGCGACAAGAAAUGAACAGAGAUUUGAUCGCUGUUACAACAAAGCUGCAGAAUCAGUUAUCAGCGAGAAUUUGGAAGCAUUAGAUAAAAAUAUCCUCAAGUCACGUAACUUGCUUAUUUUGCAACGUGAGUUCUCAAGGACUAUUAGUAAUGAUGGAUUUUUCAACAAUGAAUAUAAUACGUUUAAAGAUUAUUAUAAUGCAAAAUGGAACAACGCGCUAGUAAAUGAUGCUUACGGAAUGUCAGGAGCAGAAUUUUGGGUAAAGUCUCUACGGCAUUGGAAUUUUGGAUACUACUUCAGAGAUGGAUCUUUCUCCGUCGCAUUUAGUUCUAAACAUAUUCAGGAGAAUGAUACUGAUAAUUGGUUAUUUAUAAACGGAAAUAAAGUUUCCGAUUGGGAUCCUUGGCUCAGAAAUAUCUAUGGAAUGUUCUUCUUUGACAAGUUCGGACGCCCAGUUAUAUUCUUCGCGGCGCUUAGUGAUUACCCAAACUGUUGUAUCUAUCGGAGCCAUUGGGUGUACGAAUAUCGUCCAGAUAAUAGUUGGGUUUGGAUCGAAAACUAUUCGGAAUGGGAACCAAGCGUUUUGUCGAAAAAUCCUGGAGCAUUAAGAUUCGUUAUUGAUAAGAAUAAUAUUCACGAUUAAGAAAAUGUAAAAUUAACUAAAAUCAUUUACGAAUUUUCAAAUCCUAUGCUUCUUUCAUUGAUAUUUAAUCUUAAUAACAGUGGUUUAACUUAAAAAUGAUAAAAUUUAUCAGCAUUUGUAAGUCCUGUGUGAUCAUAGAUACUAAGCUGGCCACCCUCGUUGCGAGUAAAAAUGUCAAUAAGUUGCAGACAAAAUGAAGCUAUCUCAUGUCCAAUGAAACGUCCAGCACUUGGCUUUCACAUUGCGCAUACGCCAUGUUGUUCUUAAUACAUAAGUGCGUGUGUGCUUCUGACUGCAAUUGUUGCCUUUGAAAGGAAACACACAAUCCCGCACAAUAUUGAUUAUGCGGGUUUCUAAUUUAUAUAAGCCUAACAAUAAUUGGGAAUUCAAGCAAGAGAAACUCUUCAACUGAUUAUUUGCAAAAUAAUAAAUGCAAAGAAAGUGUUUGCAAAAUUAUCAGUAUUGGGGGUUGAGAAUUAUAGCUAACGACUAUGACUACAAACGCUUGAAAGCAACCAAAAAAAUUAUAAAUUCCUAAUUUAAGAAAUAGUAAAAUUCUCGCCUCUUCUUGUGGAAAUGUAUUUGGCUGCCAAGUUCUGCUAAUUGCUCCCUUGCUAAUGACUCCGAGCUGCUAACUGCCAACUGGCCACGCCCACUGUGGAGGACCGUGGCACUUGCCAUCUGCCAUUUGCGGCAACUAAGCGCAAUUAAUUAACAGUCCAAGCGAUUGAAAUAAAACAGGACAAGGAAGAGAAAAAAAUUAUACAAAAUGUUGGUACUUCAUAAUGGGUUGCGUCCAUUCCCUGCCGCUGGAUGGUCGUGUCCACAUCCCACCAUUCCCAAUCCUAUUUCCGCCGAGGCUCACGGAGAGUUGACUAAAGAAAAUGCAGCUUAAUGCUGAAUUAAUUCCAAUUACCACAUUCUCCAUCGUGCCGCCCAGCCAGCCCGUGGCUCCCAUCAUCCACCUACCACGGAUGACCAGUGGACGAGCACACUCCGCCAGUAAUUUAGCCACGCUAAUGCGCGGAGUGCGGCCAACAAAAGCCGCCGCACGCGCUGGCCUCCAUCUCAGUCCGAUUCGCAGUAUACUUGCCACACUCCACCAAAAUCAUGCAUCAUACUUAUUAUUAAAUAAUUAUAAAAUGCACAUGUUUUGGCAAAUAUUUAUUAUUUGCA